GCCAGCAGCUCAACUCAACACAUGGAAACAGAAGCUGAUGGAGAGGACUGUGGAGGACCAGAACCAGCCAGGGACUCACAUCCAGAUACACAUUUACAACCAGACACUGAGGACAAGACUGGAGACUCUUCUGAACCUGAGACUGAUGACAGUGAUGAUUGGAGGGAGACCAGAGAACCUCAGUCAGGUUUAAACUCUCUGAAAAAUGAUCACGUCCCUGUCAGUAAGAAACUAUUCAGCUGCUCUCAGUGUGGGAAAAGAUUUGGCUUCAAGGGAAAUCUGAAGCGACACAUGAUAACUCAUACAGGAGAGAAACCAUUUAGUUGCUCAGUUUGUGCUCAAAGGUUUUUGCAGAAAACUCAUCUGAAGAGACACAUGACAGUUCACACAGGAAAUAAACAAUUUAAUUGCUCAGUUUGUGGUAAAGCUUUCAGUGAAAAUGGAAAGCUGAAUCUGCACAUGAGGACUCAUACAGGAGAGAAACCAUUCAGCUGCUCAUUUUGUGAUAAAGCUUUUAGUGAAAAGGGAACUCUGAAGAGUCACAUUAGAACUCAUACAGGAGAGAAACCUUUCAUCUGCCCAGUGUGUAAGAAAUCUUUUACACGGAGCGGAAGUUUAUACACACACAUGAUAAUCCACACAGGAGAUAACAGCUUCAGCUGCAGUGUUUGUAAGCAAAGAUUCACUUCAUAUAAACUCCUCGGAAAUCAUCAGUGUGUUUACUGUCAGUCCUCACAGCUUCAUCAGACUCAAACUGAGAACAGAGAGGCAGAGCCUCCAGCCAGCAGCUCAAC